AUGGCAAAGCCUCGCGCUGGCGGCGAAGUUCGACAUGUGCCACGGCACCUUGCCUCUGGCAGUGGCACUCCACGGUUCGUGCCUGGGAGCUCCAGCUUCAAUCCGCGACCGGGAAGCGUGUAUUCGUCGCGCGCGACACAGCUGGGUCUCGGACUCGGCAAAGGCAAAGGCGCCGCGGGUCUAGGAACGAAGGGUCUGCUCAAGCGAAACAAAAGAGUACAGCGAGACACUAUUCAAGGCAUCACCAAGGGCGAUAUUCGCAGACUUGCUCGACGUGGCGGCAUCAAGAGGAUCUCAGCGACCGUAUACCAUGACGUACGCGAUGUGCUCAAGGAUCGCUUACGAACCCUCUUGCGCAGUAUCACGACCAUCGUCGAGGGCGACCCGAGUAACCGGAAGACCGUUGUAGUGCGAGAUGUGAUCUUCACUCUGCAAAGAUUGGGUAAUCCGAUUUACGGCUUCGAUGCGUCUUUCGAUGGCAAAUACCGCAAAGGUUGA